AUGGAGGUAGAUGCUUGCUACAACUACGGCUUCCCUCCUGCAGACAGAGGCAGGCACCAACCACCACCUCCACCACCAUAUGGGCAUGGCCCCCUUCCUCACACUGCAGAAGAUGGUGAGUUGUGGGGGUACUUCCCUUGCCCUUUUUGCUACAUCGAGGUUGAGGUGCCUUUCAUCUGCAACCACCUUCAGGAGGAGCAUUGCUUUGACACCAGAAAUGCUGUUUGUCCGAUCUGCGCCAACAAUCUAGGGAAAGACAUGGCUGCACAUUUCAGAGUGCAACACUCGCAUCUUCUCAAGAGGAGGAAGCCUUACAGGCCAAGCUCAUGCCCUGCGGCUGCCACCAGCUCAGCAUCUGGGAAGGGAACAGCAACAUAUGAAGUGAACUCUUACUAUGAAGAGCCAGAACCACAACACUACAGGAUGAGCAGCAGGCCAUACAAAGAUCCUCUCCCAGUUCAUUUGCAGCGUCCCGCAGGCGGUCCCUGA